AUGAGUCUACAGACAAUGAAGCUUGUAUAUCAGCCCGAUCCGGCGUCUCAGGAUCUCGUCUUCUCAUCAUCCUCCCCGGUCCCGAAGUUGACUGAUCCGGACGACCAUCUCGUCCGUGUCAAGGCUGCCUCUCCAUGUCGUCACGAACUUCUCUGGGAAGCUACGGAUACUCACCUGUUCGAUAAAGGGCGCACACCGCCCCGCGUCCCCUGUCCCGAUGGCGCAGGCGUUAUUGUCACUGCUCCUACGCCCAAUAGUCCCUUCCAGCCCGGCGAUGAAGUCUUCUUCUCUAUUGAUUACACAUCUAGAGCUGGCUGCUUGGCUGAAUACACGAUUGUGAAGACCGGCGAGAUGGCUCUGAAGCCCAAGACGUUUGGAUGGCCUGCCGCUGCAGCCGCGCCUCUUAGCGCAUUGACGGCAUGGCAGGGCCUCUUUAUACAUGGAAACCUGGCCGUUCCAUCUCCCACAUCUCAGGAGGAAAACGCUGGAAAGAGAAUUCUCGUAACAGGUGCGGCGGGAUCUGUGGGGUCAUGGGUUGUGCAGCUCGCGGCGGCGGCUGGGGUGACAUCCAUCACUGGAGUGUGCAGUGCAUCAAAGCUCGAGACGGCGAAAUCCUUUGGAGCGACAGAGGUUUUAUCCUACGCAUCUUUUUCUACCCCUUCAGCAAACAGGUAUGACCUUAUUCUCGAUACAGUCGGGGGCAAUGCGCUUAGAGACUGCUGGUCGGUCAUCAAGGCGGAUGUUGGCGUUUUGUUGGCCGUUGGUUCCGACUACCCCGAGAAUGUGAGGCCAGAGGGGGCUCCCAAUGUGGCCAAGAGCGAAUGGUAUCUCGUGAAGCAGUCAAGAGAUGAUUUGGAGGCUGUUGCUGCGUUAGUUGACCAGGGGAAAUGCAGAGCAAUGGUGGAUAGUGAAUACGCGAUGGAAGACUACAAAGCCGCCUUUGAAAAGGUUUCAGACGGGCACCCCAAUGGGAAAGUGGUUAUCAAUAUAUCUUAG